AUGCAAUCAAAUUUAGUUUUAGAUAUAAACCGUGUUGACAGUUUUGAAACAGGUAGUGAUUCAGAUAGUUCAGGCAGUGACUAUGAACCUCAACCAAUAUCAAUGUUAAUAUCAAAUGGUCAAUCAAGAAAAUAUAAUUGGAACUGGUCAAAUACAAACAAUUGCAAUUCGUCAAACCCUUGGUCAAGCAGAAAAAAAAGCGAUUGUUGGAAAUUUGCAUCAAAAAACUUAAACAUGGAACGAAUUGGAGAUCAAAACUUAGAAUCUUCAGAUGCAGAUAGUGAUGUUUACAGUGGCUCGGAUUUACCAAAGUCGGUUAGGGAUAGAGUUCCAACUCCUUACUAUGAAAAGAGUUCAAUUACAAAUGAACGUCAAGAUAUUGAGGAUGAAGAAAAUGAAGAAGAUGAAGAAGAUGAAGAAGAUGAAGAAAUUGAAGAAAUUGAAGAAGCUGAAGAAGUUGAAGAAGUUGAAGAAGAUGAGGAAGAUGAAGAAAUUGAAGAACAUGAAGAAAUUGAAGAAAUUGAAGAAGUUGAAGAAGAUGAAGAAGAUGAAGAAGAUGAAGAAAUUGAAGAAAUUGAAGAAAUUGAAGAAGCUGAAGAAGUUGAAGAAGUUGAAGAAGAUGAGGAAGAUGAAGAAAUUGAAGAACAUGAAGAAAAUGAAGAAGAUGAAGAAAUUGAAGAAGUUGAAGAAAUUGAAGAAGAUGAAGAAGAUGAAGAAAAUGAAGAAGAUGAAGAAAUUGAAGAAGAUGAAGAAAUUGAAGAAGAUGAAGAAAUUUCACAAGUUGUGUCAUUACCAGGUGAUAUGGUCUAUGUUGAUGGUUUUGUUGUGCACAAUAAUAUGGUCAAAAAUCCAUAUCUGAGGAGUUUUCGAAAUCAUUUUGAAGCAACAUUUCGUGAAAUGGAAAAUAUGGGUCUAAGAUUGGUCCAAGUGAAUAAUUAUAUAGAAUCAAGAUUAAUUAGAGUUCAAAAAAAUACACUAUUCCAGUAUGUUCAACCAGAGACGGUGUACAUCAGAUAUGUUGGAGAUACAUUAAGUUUUCUGAAAUAUAGUUCACUCAAUGCCGUGAAGGCAACAGGUGUUAAGGUGUAUAUCACAACUGGGAUUUGUGCAUUGAUUGUUUUUGGUCCAGUAGAACCACAAGUGUUUAGGUUUCCAGAUGAGGAAGAGAAUCAGGUUCAAUUACGUGAAUAA